GCUUCCGGUGCCGGCGGCAAUAGCGGCGCACAGCAUGGCCGCCGUCCCGCCUGACUCCUGGCAGCCGCCCACCGUCUCCAUGGAGACCACGAUGGGCACCCUGGUGUUGGAGCUGUACUGGCGCCACGCUCCGCGCACCUGCAAGAACUUUGCUGAGCUGUGCCGCCGCGGGUAUUACAACGGCACCCGGUUCCACCGCAUCAUCCGGGACUUCAUGGUGCAGGGAGGAGACCCCACGGGCACCGGCCGUGGCGGUGCUUCCAUCUACGGCAAACACUUCGAGGACGAGCUGCACUCCGAGCUGAAGUUCACCGGCGCAGGCAUCCUGGCCAUGGCCAACGCAGGGCCGGACACCAACGGCAGCCAAUUCUUCAUCACGCUGGCGCCAGCGCAGUGGUUGGAUGGCAAACACACCAUCUUUGGGCGCGUGUGCCAAGGCAUCGGGGUGCUGGGCAGGGUGGGCAUGGUGGAAACCAACGCUCAGGACCGACCUCUGGAUGAUGUGAAAGUCCUCAAAGCCGUCCCUGCUGGGUGACGCAGGGAAUAAAAGCGUGCAUGGA